GGAAGGACAGCGGAAUACUUCCUCGUCGGACGCUGGCGCUCGUCAAACGCGCCGUGUCCUGCGUGUGUUUCCGAAGGCGGCUUGCGAUUGCCGAGCGUAGUCACGGUCGCCCCAUCAAAGACGCGUUAUACACUGUAAAUGGAAGUAUGCGCUUGCAUGUCGAGGCUGGGGCUUGAUUUCUGGAGUGCUGCGCUUAUAUUUGUUUUACGGUGGGGCGUGCAAAUGGAUCUUCCGUAGCUCGAGUGCCUGUAGGCCUUUACGUGCUCCCAGUAAUCAAACGAGUGGACAACAAGUGGACAAGGGCAUGAUGAUGAUGAUGGCGAGCGUCUCAGGGGUGGUUAUCCCCUCCAAACAUUUUUAGAUUUCCCUUUUUUUUUUUUAUUAAAGAAAAGCUUUUCACUGGAGUGGAACAUUAAUUUUGACAUCUUGGGCACAUACCGAUUACAUUUUGGUGUUGUAAUAAUCCCCUAUACAUAACUGUCUAUGAAGUUCCUCUCUCUGUUUGAAGUGGAGCAUUGUAAUAUUUAAUUUUCCACAUAUCAAACUUCCCACUUAAUGUGACCCUGCCAACAUCUAUUUAAAGUAUGCCGCUGGCUCGCAGCUUGUCCGUCACAUCCCUCCCUGGUUUGGAGGAGUGGGAUGAGGACUUUGAUUUGGAGGACGCCGUUCUUUUUGAAAUUGCUUGGGAGGUUGCAAACAAAGUCGGAGGAAUCUACACGGUCAUCCAGACCAAAGCCCGCCUGACGUCGGAGGAAUGGGGGGAGAACUAUUUCCUGGUGGGCCCUUACGUGGAGAGCAACGUGCGGACCCAGGUGGAGCUCAUCGAGCCCACAAACCCCGUGCUCAAGAGGACCAUAGAUAAGAUGAACUCCAGCGGCUGUAAGGUCUACUUUGGGCGCUGGCUCAUCGAGGGCAGCCCCUACGUGAUUCUGAUCGACGUGGGCUUCACUGCCUGGUCUCUGGACACCUGGAAGAGUGAGCUGUGGGACCUCUGCGACAUCGGCGUCCCGUGGUUCGACCGCGAGGCCAACGAUGCCGUGCUGUUUGGCUUUUUGACAGCCUGGCUGCUGGGGGAGUACGCCGCCCAGUGUGACGAGACUCCUCACAUCGUGGCUCAUUUCCACGAGUGGUUGGCCGGCCUGGGCUUGGUGUUGUGUAGGCACAGACAGUUGCCCGUAGCAACUAUAUUCACCACUCACGCCACACUCCUCGGACGCUACCUGUGCGCUGGAAAUGUCGACUUCUACAACAAACUUUCAGAGUUCAACGUGGAUAAGGAAGCAGGCGACCGACAAAUCUACCACCGCUACUGUUUGGAGCGAGCAGCUGCCCACUGCGCCCACGUCUUCACCACCGUCUCCCAGAUCACCGCCAUCGAGGCGGAAAACCUGCUCAAAAGAAAACCAGACAUUGUCACUCCCAACGGACUCAACGUAAAGAAGUUCUCAGCCGUUCACGAGUUUCAGAACCUGCAUGCGCAGAGCAAGAAUCGGAUUCAGGAGUUUGUCAGAGGACACUUUUACGGGCAUCUCGACUUCAACCUGGACAAAUGUUUGUUCCUCUUCAUCGCCGGAAGAUAUGAAUUCUCCAACAAAGGAGCUGACAUCUUCUUGGAAUCUUUGGCCAGACUCAACUACCUGCUAAGAGUCAAUCACAGCGACGUGACCGUCAUUGCGUUUUUUAUCAUGCCGGCUCGGACAAACAACUUCAAUGUGGAGACCUUAAAGGGGCAAGCGGUCAGGAAGCAAUUGUGGGAUACUGCUCAAACGGUGAAGGAGAGAUUCGGAAAGAAACUUUAUGAGUCACUACUAGUUGGGCAGCUGCCAGACGUGUCAAAGAUGCUGGACAAAGAAGACUUCACUAUGAUGAAGCGUGCCAUCUUCGCCACGCAAAGACAGUGUCAGCCUCCGGUUUGCACGCACAACAUGCUAGAGGACAGCGGCGACCCCAUUCUAAACUCCGUGCGUCGCGUCGGCCUUUUCAACAGCUCUUCCGACCGUGUCAAGAUUAUCUUCCAUCCUGAGUUCCUGUCUUCCACCUCUCCUCUGCUUCCGAUGGAUUACGAGGAGUUCGUAAGGGGCUGCCACCUGGGGGUCUUCCCCUCUUACUACGAACCUUGGGGGUACACACCAGCCGAGUGCACAGUCAUGGGGAUUCCAUCAAUCUCAACAAACCUGUCGGGCUUUGGUUGUUUUAUGGAGGAACACAUCGCAGAUCCUUCUGCAUAUGGCAUUUACAUCCUGGACCGGCGCUUUCGAGGGGUGGACGAGUCGUGUAACCAGCUCACCUCCUUCCUGUUCCAGUUCUGCAAGCAGAGCCGGCGCCAGAGGAUCAUCCAGAGGAACCGCACGGAGCGUCUAAGCGACCUCCUGGACUGGCGAUACCUCGGCAGGUAUUAUGUCGCUGCACGUCACAUGGCCCUGGCUAAAGCUUUCCCUGACACCUUCCUGUAUGAACCCCAUGACCCCACCUCAACGUCAGGUUUCCGUUACCCCCGUCCUGCCUCCGUGCCGCCAUCCCCUUCCCUCUCCCGCCACUCUUCCCCCCACCACAGCGACGUCGAGGACAACGAUGAGGACGAGCGCUACGACGAAGAUCUGGAGGCGGAAAAGGACCGGGUCAACAUUCGCCAGCCCUUCACGCUGCCGUUUAAAAACAAGAUUUCCGCAAGGGCCGGCGGGAAUGGCAACGGUGUCACAAGCGAGAAAAACUGACAAGACAGACAGAAACACACAUCGGAGCGCUCCGUUGCUUGCGAGAUUUUGGAUGACUAAUAACCAACCACAGAUUUAGUCAGCAAAUGAUAUAAACAAAGAAUAUAAAGUACAUUUGAUGUGAAUCUGUCUUCCCGAGCAGUGGGAACAUCAAGUUUGCAAAACAUGCCUCAGAAGUUUGGAUUCUUUGUCACACCAGCGGUGCUACAAGUGGUUUGUUUCGAAGUAUCAGCAGCACACCACGCAGCAAAAUAUCGCAGUUGCUAUAUUUUAGGAACGCUGGCUUCGCUAAGGGUUUUCUAAUGAACAGAAAAAAAAAAAAAAAUCAACACAAAUCCUCCUUUUUACCGUCUUGUUGACUUUUUACUCCACGGCAGGAACCUCUUAUAGACGGCAUUAUUUGCUGCAAGUAGCCAGUAAGACCGCUUGGUGUUGUCCCGGUUAAACUGUGUCACACUCACUUGUAGCACUUUUUCUCCCUAUCUUUCAAAUGCCUUGUUUCCUUCGUAAAACCCCAGAAUGGGAAAAAAAAAAAAAAAAACUAAAGAACAAUAGAACCAAAAAUCUUUGGCCUUUCACACUGAGGACUUUGUUUUUUUGUGUUUUUGAUUUUAUUUCCAAGCCUUACAUUUCUGCGGUGAUUACUGUGAAUGACCUCACACUCCCGCUUU